GAUGAAGACCCAACACCAGAGAUCUUUGAUGAGGUCCAGAGAAAGGUAUAUGACAUCAUGCUUCGGGAUGAAAAGUUUUACCCCUCCUUCCGUCACAAUGUUCUCUAUGUUCGGAUGCUUGCAGAGCUGGACAUGUUGAAGGAGCCUAGCUUUAAAGGAUCUGAUGAUGGAGAUGGAGAAUCUUUCAACGGAUCACCAACAGGCAGCAUAAAUUUGUCACUUGACGACCUGUCAAAUGUCAGCACUGAAGAGGUGACACAGAUCCAUUCUUUUAUUUCUGACACUGGAGUUUGUAAUGAACAUGGCAAAACCUAUGCACUGUACACCAUCACUGUCCAGCGACGGAGCUCAGAUGGCAUUGAAGAUUCUUGGAACACCUAUCGG